GUGGUCGAGCUUCUGGGUGGAAGAAUGCAAAGUUGAAGAUGGUUGUGCAGCCUGGCUUCAUUUAAGCAGAUUACAAAACACUGCGUGACUUCAAGGAAACGAUGAAAAAACCUAACCACAAAAUAGAGAAGGGGCUUACACGGUUUAAAUGUCAUUGAGGGAACUAUGAUAUUAAAUAUGAUAGAUCUCAUUUAUUAAAAUGGGUGAGCACCACAUAUACUGGUUCACAAUAAUAGGCUUUUAGGGUGAGUAAACUAAAGGAGACAGGGAGGUAAACGGAGAGGGAGGAGGGGGAGAGAGAGCGAGAUGUAGAGAGAGAGAGAGAGAGAGCGAGAGAGAGAGAGAGAGAGAUGUAGAGAGAGCGAGACGGAGAGAGAGAGAAAGACUGGACUAAGUGGACAGACCUCACGUUGAGCUCAGAUGAACCUCCAUCCUUUCCCACGUUGGAUCAUUUCAGCUCCGUUAAACCACAGAGCCUCCGGAGCGGCGCGCGAGGACACACGGUAAGACCCAUCCUCCGCCACUUUCCUCUCAUCUGCACGGUUCACCCGUUUAUUGAAGUCAAGCCUCUUUACACACACACACACACACACACACACAGAGACACAGACUCGACAAGUUCCUACUAGUCCUCCUUCCACUUUACCGCUCAGCUUUUCUAUCCAACUGUGUCGCUGUCAGGUUGGCGCGGUUAGCGGCCGGUAGCUGCUGUGACCAUGUGCGAGCUGUUGAUGUGUCAGAGCGGCGGCUGAGCACGCGCUUCUCACGGGGCUGUAGGUGAACCUGUGCAGCAUGUGCGCAUCGUGGGAGAACGUGACAGAAGAGGGUGAAAGGAAGACAUCAUCAUGACAACCUGCCUCCGGUCAGCCAUUCGUCAGUUCCUCUCUGAAACAGACUGAUCAGUGAACCUCAGCUAUGGCAGCACACAUUGUGCUUCUUCUGCUUUUAUUCUGUAAAGGGGAAAGAAACUGCAUCUCAGUGGCCGUCGGUCUUUCAGAGAAAGAGCAGGAUUUGAAAGUGACAUUAAGCAAAAGACAACAAGUUUCAGCACAACCAGAGUCCACGGAGAAGUUCUUUAUGAGAAUCAGAGACGAGGAAAACCAGCGUCAGAGUAAAACGGAUGAUAUAAGACUGCUGCUAAACGUGGAUUUUCAGCUGAAUGACAGAGAACCUGAAGAUUUUGACUUUAAGAACAACGCAGCGAGGAAAACAGUCACACUUACACAUCCCGAAUCUGCUGCCACAUCCCUCAUACCUAAACAUAGCCCUGAACUCACCGUGAACCACAAGAAAAGGAGCAAUUUGACUAAUGGAGAGUUUGAAGGUGUAAUUAAUGAUCAGAGUCUAGUGCCGAGUUCAGAGGAGAAGGACUCUCUCCAGCCCGAGCGCCAUUUAGAGACAGGUGUCGGUGACGUUCCGCCUGAGAGGACGCGGGGCCGCUCUAACUGGGUCAGAGAGUCUGAGGGCGGCGGGUCGGGGCCUCGCUCUCGCCGCCGGAGGAGCUGGCUCUGGAACCAGUUCUUUGUGAUCGAGGAGUAUCGAGGGCCCGAGCCUGUGCUCAUUGGACGGCUGCACACAGACAUGGACAAAGGAGACGGCCUCACCAAGUACAUGUUGGAGGGAGAGGGUGUGGGCUCUGUGUUUGUUAUCGAUAGCAACACAGGAAACAUACAUGUCACCAAGUCUCUGGACCGCGAGGAGAAGGACCAGUACCGCCUCAUCGCGACAGCCACAGACCGUCAGACUGGCCGAGCCCUGGAGCCGUCGUCCGAGUUCAUCAUCAGAGUGCAGGACAUCAAUGACAACCCGCCCGUCUUCCCCGACGAAGCCUACGUCGCCAUGGUGCCAGAGAUGGCCAACAUCGGCACUUCCAUAAUCCAAGUCACGGCCAGAGAUGCCGACGACCCCACAUAUGGAAACAGUGCCCGGCUGGUGUAUGCCAUCACUCACGGUCAGGACUAUUUCUCUGUGGAUCCUCAGACAGGCGUCCUGCGGACAGCUGUACCUGAUAUGGACAGAGAGACUCAGGAUGAAUAUCUGGUCGUCCUCCAGGCCAAAGACAUGGGGGGGCAUCUGGGCGGAUUAUCAGGGACCACAACCGUCACUGUGAAGCUGAGCGAUGUCAAUGACAACCCUCCUCACUUCAGACGGAGUGCGUGGUCAUUUUCUGUGUCUGAGCUGGCAGCACCAGGUGUGGAGGUGGGCCGUCUCACUGCCACUGAUCCUGAUCUGGGAGAAAAUGCACAGCUGGAGUUUACCAUUCUGGACGCAGAGGAGGCUGAAAUAUUCAAUAUAACUGGAAGAGACCAAGAGGCUGUCAUUGUGCUGAACAAGCUGCUGGAUUAUGAGACCCGCAAUUCAUACACUUUCACCGUGGAGGUUGCGAACCCCAUAGUGGACGCCCGCUACCUAAGGAAAGGUCCCUUUAAGGACCAGGCAACAGUCCGGAUCAUGGUCCUCAAUGCUGAUGAGCCGCCACGAUUCUCCCAAGCUCGGUACCACCUGGACGUGUCUGAGAACUGCCCCCCUGUCUGCUCUGUCGGCCGGGUAUACGCCGUGGACCCAGACACAGGACAGAGCACCAACAUCAGGUACUCCGUCGAUCCCCAGUCAGACCCCGAGGCUCUGUUCCGCAUCACCUCUGACACAGGCUUUAUCAGCACAGUGAUGGAGUUGGACCGAGAGCAGGAGCAGUGGCAUAAUAUUACUGUCAUCGCCACACAGAGGGACAAUCCCAAUCUUGUGUCAAGGGUUGUGGUUGCCAUAGAGACACUAGACCAGAAUGACAAUGCGCCGGAGUUGGACAGGCAGUACACAACGUCUGUAUGUGACUCCAGUGCCCCCGGUCAGGUAGUUCAGGUUCUGCGAGCCAUCGACCGGGACCAGGGAGGGCAGGACACCCCGGUCCACUUCAGCAUCCCUCCGGAGUCCAGCUCUGCACUCAACCUCACUAUCAGGGAAACCGGAGGUGUGACAGCCAGCCUGGUGCUCCAGUCUGCCUUGGAGCCCCUCCCUGGCUUCUCCUCAUCCUUGUUCACCCUCUACGUGCCAGUUGUGCUACGUGACGGGGCCUCGGGUCUGACCAACACUGGCACGGUCACCGUGACCAUUUGUCCCUGUCUGCGAGGAGGCAUGCAGACGGAGGAUAGAGGGAAGCAGAGGGACAGGAGGUGGGAAAGACACAUGGUUUGUCUGCCCAUGCCGUCCACCUCUCCGUCUCUCAUAUUCAGUUUGGUCACCUUACUGGCCAUGCUGGCGUGUGUCACCACGCUGCUGGUGGUGUGUGCACUCUCGCUGUCAUUGCGCCAUCAGAAGCGAGACUCCCACUCACCCUUCGAGGAGGAUGAUGUCAGGGAGAACAUCAUAUCCUAUGAUGAUGAGGGGGGAGGGGAAGCAGACACCGCCGCUUUUGACAUUACAGCGCUGCAGAGCAUGCACAGAAUACAGCACAUGCACAACAGGAACAUAUGGUACACCCAGCAGAAUCCGCCAAGGGCCAGGACGUACAGCUGGAGCCGUAACCUGCGCCCCGGCCUCGACCCCCAGCAGCGGCCAGGCUCCGCUCCGCUCUACGGACGCCUCUGCUACGGCAUCCACACACUGCCUGUUCUCAGAGAUUAUCCAGCCGGGCCACUGGAGGCGGGUCUGCAGCUCACGCAGCUGACCCAUGGACUAACUGGAGGUCAUAUUGGCAACUCCCUCGUCAUCCAGAACCAGAGCACCUUUGAGCCUCUGCUGCACUCUCCUGAGAUCAGCCCUUAUAGUUACGAAGCUGAGCCCAUGCUGGCGAAGAGUGAAACUACCAACAGAAAUGAAGGCAGCGAUGUAAACCCAGCAGACACCAAAGAGAAUCAGGAUCAGGCCAAGACAAACCCAACAGAAGCAGAGCCAGCACCGAGCAGCAACACUGAGAGUCUGACCUUCUGUGACCCAAAUGAGUCUUCAUGCCAAAGUCACACCAGCUCCUCAUCAAACCAGCAAGAGGGGCGACCGGGGUCAUCGCAGACUCAGAUCAGCACGGGAGCCACCAGCUGCACAGUAGAUGACAUUGAUACUGAUUCCUCCAUUCCCUCCGUUUCAGAGAGAAAUUAUUCAAAUGGUAGUCAGACCAGUUGUGUAAACCCUCCUGUUUACCUGAAGGGAGACACGUACAGCAUCGUGGGCUCGCUGAACCCAAACAGCAGAGGGACGUGUAUGAACGGGACUAGUGGCAGCGGGUUGUACCCAGCGGGGGUGCAGCUACUGAACAUUUGCAGACUCCAGAAAAAGGAUUUGACCCCACAGCCUCUGCCCUUACCGGGGGGGAUGUUUGGCAGCAAUAGAGGCUGGCCAUUGGGGGCGGAGCCCGCAAGAACAGAAGCGGCCAAAACGCAGCCCCUCCGGAUGGAGGACCUCCUGAAUUUCCGUCUGGAUCAGGUCACCUUUGACCUGUCGCAGCCGCCCUAUGACUCACUGCAGACUUAUGAGUUUGAGGGCCGUGAUUCAAGGGCUGAGUCACUGAGCUCAUUGGAGAGCGAUGGAGAGAAGGACAAUGCCAGAGUGGUGGGAGGGAUGGAGGAGUUAAACCAGAAAUUUCAGAGGCUGGUGGAGAUCAUUCAAGAGAGGGAGAAGGAGAAGGGAGGAGAGGGAGGGGAGACACAAGCAGCUGAGGGAGGUGAGACAGCAGAGGCUGCUCUCUCUGAGACUCAUAAACAAACAGAGGACAAAGACAAAGAACAGAAGAGAUGGGAUUUCUAGUUUGAAAUAGAGGGGGACUCUCUCGACAGUGAUGGAUUUUAAACACAGCGGGGGGGGCAAAUACACGGCCGCUGUCAGGAAUCUUCUUGUCCCACCCCCUCUGCCACGAGGCUGACGGUAUAGUGAAGAUUUGUGUUGGAAUCAGUGCACAGCGUAUAGUUUUCACCUCCACUAUGUUUAGAAAAUGCAUAUGGAAUCUGUCCCUUUUCACACUCUUGUAAGUGAUAUUAAUAAUGCACUCGGGCUUUCAAAGCUAAAGUUAUGAAAAAUUUACUUUUUUUUUUAAAUAUUGAUUCCGAGCCCUGAAAGCUGCAUUGUUAGAAAAUAGGCCUCAUGAAAUAUUGACUGGAAUUGUGAUAUUUAAUAUUGAUAGUUUAAUAGGGGCACACUCACUAGGAAUCCUUGGAAUUUGAAUGCAACAUUUACAUCUGAUUUGGAGAGUUUUAACUACACUGACACGUGUCCACAGAGCCUCUCCAAUCAGUCUAACUGUACACAUUUAUAUUGUGUUGCUCUGUACAGCUCCAGGAAGUAGUCACCAUUACAGUAGCAGUAUCUGCUCACUAUGCAAUUUGCACACAGUUUGAAAUGAUUAGAUUGUCACUGUUAAAGACUUGUGUCCUGUGGUGAAAGUACAGUGAAUAAUGUCCAUAUGUAGAUACUUAUCAACCUUGACUUCAGUGGUUUUUGCUCAAGAGUGGAAAUGUUUUUGGGAUGGGGGUAUUUACUGGAAAUUGAGCAUCAAAUCUGUAGUCAUUAAACUGUUGCAGACAUAAUCUUACAACAUACAAUGUAAGCUUAUGUUCCCCGUCAUCCACAGAUCCAAGAUUAUUUAUAAUUCACCAUUGUGUUUGCUCAUCAGUUAUCUCCAAAGGCUUAUUUAUCUCUCACCUUUUGAAGAGACAAAAUUAGGCAGAGGCCAUUAUGCAGCGCGGUACACACAGGCAUUGUUCCUGUGAUGAGCCCAGAACACAGAGGCAACAGCAAAACAGUCAUUUACUUUAAGAUUGUGUAAUGUUAUUUAGGCAAUCUGCCAUUUAACAGUGACUCAUUUCUAUAGCUAUUUCAAAACUCAUUUAUUUUUCAGAAGGUAUCAGGCUAAGUUAUUAAAAUAAUGACAUUAUUUUUCAAUUAUAUGAUAAAAUGUAUUUGACUUUC